GCCUGGCCUUUCCAUGGACGACGUGGUUGGCAAGGACUUCCUUCGGCGUGAGCUCCAGCGUGGAGAGAUGACGAGUGCCAUGUCGCGGCUGCUGCGGCCGGACUCGCAGCUCUUCGUUCGGCUCGGGUUUGGUCGGGCAUGGUGUGGCGAAUUCCAGAUCAGGCAGGCACCUCCACGCAAACGUGGUCAGGAGCCUGAGCCACCUUUUCUGCCUCUCUCCGGGCCACUCAACGUGCCCUUGGCUUGGCUACAGCCGUUACGGUACAUACCCUGGCUGGCGCGACUGCUGAAGGCUCGUCGGCAGUGA